CGUACGAAUGUUUAAACAUUUCUUCGGUCCAGCUUAAACAAGUUCAUGAACAAGUGGUUCAGUGCUGCGGAAGAAACAUUCACAGAGUUUAACGAAAUAACCGUCGAGUCGGAGGAAGAGAUGGACGAUCAGCGCAGACUGCUGGCUUUUUCCCGGACUCCCCAGAUCAUCUUACACCGAAUAGAUCGCCAACGACAUAACGUUUCUAAGAAGCUAUGUGACCUGGAGAGGAGCUCCACUCUGGACCAGGAGGAGUUAGAACCUCUGCAGGGGAAACAAGAACAGGAAGAGCCAAAUGAUCAACGGAGAAAAGAAGAGCAGGAGGAUCUAAAACAUCAGCAGAUGAGAGUGGAAGGGAAAGAAGUUUACUGCAGUCAGAGUGAAGAACAGGUUGCAUCAAAACAGGAGACUGAUACCUUCAUGGGGGCUACUGUUUAUGAGCAAACACACCAAGUCAACUUCCAGGAAGCUGCUGCAGCUGAGAAGAAAAAUCAGGAAAGAAGCAAACCUUUCUCAUGUGUCAUCUGUGAAAAACGUUUCACUGCCAAACAUGCUCUCAAUGAUCAUAUUAGAAUUCACACUCGUGAAAAGUCGUUUUUAUGUGGGAACUGUGGAAAAAGUUUUAGUCAAAAACAGAAUUUUAUUCGGCACAUGAUGAUUCACACUGGUGAAAAGCCGUUUUCAUGUGUGAACUGUGGAAAAAGUUUUAGUCAUAAACAGAAUUUAACUCAGCACAUGAUGAUUCACACUGGUGAAAAGCCGUUUUCAUGUGUGAACUGUGGAAAAAGUUUUAGUCAUAAACAGAAUUUGACUCAGCACAUGAUGAUUCACACUGGUGAAAAGCCGUUUUCAUGUGUGAACUGUGGAAAAAGUUUUAGUCAUAAACAGAAUUUAACUCAGCACAUGAUGAUUCACACUGGUGAAAAGCCGUUUUCAUGUGUGAACUGUGGAAAAAGUUUUAGUCAUAAACAGAAUUUGACUCGGCACAUGAUGAUUCACACUGGUGAAAAGCCGUUUUCAUGUGGGAACUGUGGAAAAAGUUUUAGUCAAAAACAUGAUUUAUCUCGGCACAUGAUGAUUCACACUGGUGAAAAGCCGUUUUCAUGUGGGAACUGUGGAAAAAGUUUUAGUCAUGAACAGAAUUUAACUCAACACAUGAUGAUUCACACUGGUGAAAAGCCGUUUUCAUGUGGAAACUGUGGAAAAAGUUUUAAUCGAAAGCAUCAUUUAACUCGGCACAUGAUGAUUCACACUGGUGAAAAGCCGUUUUCAUGUGGGAACUGUGGACAAAGUUUUAGUCAAAAACAGGACUUAACUCGGCACGUGAUGAUUCACACUGGUGAAAAGCCGUUUUCAUGUGGGAACUGUGGAAAAAGCUUUAGUCAAAAACAGUAUUUAACUCGGCACAUGAUAAUUCACACUGGUGAAAAGCCGUUUCCAUGUGGGAACUGUGGAAAAAGUUUUAGUCGAAAGCAGAAUUUAACUCAGCACAUGAUGAUUCACACGGGUGAAAAGCCGUUUCCAUGUGGGAACUGUGGAAAAAGUUUUAGUCGAAAGCAGAAUUUAACUCAGCACAUGAUGAUUCACACUGGUGAAAAGCCGUUUUCAUGUCGGAACUGUGGAAAAAGUUUUAGUCAUAAACAGGAUUUAACUCGGCACAUGAUGAUUCACACUGGUGAAAAGCCGUUUUCAUGUGGGAACUGUGGAAAAAGUUUUAGUCAUAAACAGAAUUUGACUAAGCACAUGAUUCACACUGGUGAAAAGCAGUUUUCAUGUGGGAACUGUGGAAAAAGUUUUAGUCAUGAACGGAAUUUAACUCAACACAUGAUGAUUCACACUGGUGAAAAGCCGUUUUCAUGUGGAAACUGUGGAAAAAGUUUUAAUCGAAAGAAUCAUUUAACUCGGCACAUGAUGAUUCACACUGGUGAAAAGCCGUUUUCAUGUGGGAACUGUGGAAAAAGUUUUAGUCAUAAACAGGAUUUAACUCGGCACGUGAUGAUUCACACUGGUGAAAAGCCGUUUUCAUGUGGGAACUGUGGAAAAAGUUUUAGUCAUGAACGGAAUUUAACUCAACACAUGAUGAUUCACACUGGUGAAAAGCCGUUUUCAUGUGGAAACUGUGGAAAAAGUUUUAAUCGAAAGCAUCAUUUAACUCGGCACGUGAUGAUUCACACUGGUGAAAAGCCGUUUUCAUGUGGGAACUGUGGAAAAAGUUUUAGUCAAAAACAGGAUUUAACUCGGCACAUGAUGAUUCACACUGGUGAAAAGCCGUUUUCAUGUGGGAACUGUGGAAAAAGUUUUAAUCGAAAGCAUCAUUUAACUCGGCACAUGAUGAUUCACACUGGUGAAAAGCCGUUUUCAUGUGUGAACUGUGGACAAAGUUUUAGUCAAAAACAGGAUUUAACUCGGCACAUGAUGAUUCACACUGGUGAAAAGCCCUAGAACUAUUUUCCAUAUUUGUCCUAUGUUGAGUUUCAUUAUUAAAGUCAUUUAGAUGAAAACUGGAGGGCUUUCUUGUUCAUAAAGUGGGAAAAUGGUUUAAGUUUCUAAUUUGUUAAAUGUGAUCAUUUGGAUCUUGACAUUUGGAUACUUAGAGAUGUACAAUAUAAAUUUGAAGUAUUGAUUUGUAUUAUUCUGUAUGGAAAGAAUGAGUGGGGUGAAUGACGUUUACUUUUAUACAUUUUUAAUCCAAAAUAAAAUGUGCUGUUGUGCACUCUUUGUAGAUUUUCAUUACGGUAAUUGUUUUGCACUUUGAAAUUUACUGUAUUAAAAAAGAUCUUUGAUAGGUUUGUCUUUAAAGCAAAACUAGACUGAAACUGAUGCUGUUAUUUGUUUCAAAUUAUAUUAACCAGUCUAUAUAAAAGCUUUUCAAAUAAAUUAAUAUGCCCUUUUGCUUAGAAAAUGCAAUAUACAUAUUUUCCUUCAUUGAUUGUGCUUGAUUGUACAAAGUAUGUGUGAUUAUUCUCUCCAAUAAUUUGGUGUGUAGCUUGUCGUAGUUGUAUAAUUUUUCUAUUUUCUGCUGUGGCUGUUUUCUAUUAAAGAUCACUAUC